GAAUCAUGUACUUACUGAAAUAAACGGCGCCGCGGCUCACCUGAUUCUGCAAGCGCUACUAGCGCUUCAAUCGAUCAACAACGUAUAGUUAUUCAUUUUUUAAAUGGUGAGUAUUGAACUACCGUGUCCGAAGAAUACAUUCCUGCACAUUGGCUAGCGCUUUUUAUGAGGCUUAGAGUAGGAGGCGUCACCACAAUCGCCCUCUUUUUUUUCUGCGUGCUACACCAUUUGAUCAGUACUGUUUUUGUUGCUCUUCGUUGCGGAUCACAGGAGAGUGUCAAUAAAUAGGCAUCUUCCCUCUGAGCCAUGCGCCAUGCACUCGGUGUCUUUUUUGAGUUUUGUGGUGCCUUCGGCGUACACGCUGUCGCGUAUCACAGGAGAGCCUUUUCUUUCAAAAGCCACCUCUCCCUCUUCGCUUCAUAGGCCACGCAAAUCGUCUUGUUGGAGGCGCAGCGGCAGCAUAGCACUGCUGCUGAUCAUUGUCGUUGUUGUGCUAAUGAAUACCCAGCUCGUGCUGGCUACACGCGAAGGCUUCCGUGACGCGCAGGCCGAGGACGACAAUAAGGAAAUUGCAAAAUCUGAUCGCUACGCUGCGUUUACCCAGGCAGACGCCGACACCGCACACCGUUUUUUUGUGAAGGACGGGGAGGAGGAGGAGGAUCAUGGGACGCCUGCGUUCCUGCCCAAUGUAGGCGUCUCCGUGCAAGACAGUUCUGCGGACCUCGCGAAUGCAGCACGGGAAACACUCUCGACAAAUGUAAAGCCGAAUUCGGCGGAGGCGGUGUUUCGUACUUCGCCUGCCACAGCCGAACACAGGCAAAGAGGAGACUACAGCCACAGACGGGCUGCCGUGUACUUGGACAGUUCGCCCGACUCCUCUUCUCCGACUCCGUCCACGACGACACGGCGCCCCGGUCCCCCGCGUGCGCACAAGGUCGCCCAUCUCUCUCUGUUGGGCCUCUUGGCGCUCCUUGUGUUAGUGGUGAUCGGCGGCGUGGUGGGGUGGUGCAUUUGUCGCCGCAACCGCAACCGACGGCGGAUGCGUCAGCUCCGCUUGAACGGCACCCGCCGUCCCGGCGACGUGGACGAUGCGGACAUGGGUCAGGCCGUGAAGGGUGGCGACUGGCUCAACCUGGACGGCGCCGAUGGCGCCGGGCACGUUGUGGGCGCUGUGCGGAGGUCGCGGUUUGCGACGGCAGUGGAGGCGCCUCGCGGGGACGCGGCGAAGUUCGACCCCAUUGGCCAGCAUGCGGCGGAGACGCGGCAGCGAAAGCGCGCCCGUCGUGUUGCCGUGGCGGCUGCGGAAGGCGCCGGUGACGGCACGAAUCAACGCGGAGCGCAACUUGGCGGUGCCGCCGGCGAGUUCGGCCUCAAGUCGGGGCUACAGCCCAACGAGCCAGGUGCAGAGGAGUCCGAGACGUGGUCCAGCGACGGCGGUGAUAGCGAGAAUGGUGUUGGUGAAGGUGGUGCUGGUGCUUCGCGGGGACCGAUCUACGCAUCUUCGAUGGUGGCCCCCAGCACGGCUGCGAAUGUGGAGGGGGCAGGUAGUGCCGGCGCCGCUGCCGAGACCGUCGUCCCGCCCCUGGCGUUGACUCCGCAGUACUUCAAUGAGACCGCCAAGGUGCUGCUGGACCGCUACACCAGUGACAACGAGGUCGUCGUCGGUAGCGGGGGGAAUGGUGGCAGCAAUGAGGUGUCUGCGUUACGCGGACGCGCAGGGGCGUUUCCUGCUGCGGUGCCUGCCGCCUCGACGAUGGCCGGCGGUCGUGCCGGCAGCGCCCCGCUCCACCACGCUGCUGACGAGAACAGCGCUUUUGAGCACAUUUUGUCGUCGACGGUGGCACCGUUGAAUGUGGGGGAGGAGUUCCAUCAGCGUGGCGGCAGUCCUGGCAGUCCUGGAGCUGCUGCUGCUGCUGCCAGGCCAGGCGUUGGGCAGAGGAAAACAGGUGUGGAGCCGCCUGCGCAGCGAGGGCACGAUGCAGAUGAAGAGGAUGCAGAAGACGACGAUGGGGAGGAAGAAGAGGAAGUCGAAGAGGACGAAGAGGACGAAGAAGACGGCGAUCGUGAUUAUCCACCGGGACGCAGUCCAAAAGACCGACAAAGAACACAGCCCGCCUUUCGUGACGAUGACGACCUCAACGAAGAAGGGGAGGAGGAAGAAGAGGAGGAGGAAGAAGAGGAAGAAGAGGAAGAAGAGGAAGAUGCUCCUCCUUUGGCGCCUGAACGACGGCCGCCGCAGCCGCAGGGACGUCCUGGUGUGUCACCUUACCGCGGUGCCGCAAAUCGUUUGCCUCGUUAG